GGGACGUUUUUCUGUCCUUCAGACAGCAGCAGCAUCCCCCCUGCCGGAGCUGUAACCGGGGUUUCCAUCACCACCCCUCUGGUGAAACAAGCUGUGCUGCUGUUCCAGCUGCCUGCACUUAGGACCUGGAGGAAGCACCCGGUGCUGGCCGAGAAGGAUCAUGUGAUGGUGGUGUCCACGUCCCCCUUCGUCCCCCAUCCUGGGCCAGCGGAGCGCCCUGCGAGGAUGGGGCUGCCGGCUCUCACCCUGCUGCUGGCAGCGGGGCUCCUGCACACACAGGCCUCCCCUCCAGCACGCUCCUUCCAGCUGGAUUUCGAGGAGGACUGCUUCCGCAAGGACGGUGUCCCUUUCCGCUACAUCUCGGGCAGCAUCCACUACGCCCGUGUCCCACGCCCUGCCUGGAGGGACCGGCUCCUCAAGAUGUACAUGAGCGGGCUCAGCACCGUGCAGGUCCACAUCCCCUGGAACUACCACGAGCCGCUGCCAGGGGUUUAUGACUUUGCUGGGGACCGGGAUGUGGAAGCUUUCCUGGACCUGACCGCUGAGCUGGGGCUUCUGGUGAUCCUGCGGCCGGGGCCCUACAUCUGUGCGGAGUGGGAGAUGGGUGGCCUGCCUGCCUGGCUGCUGUGGAAACCAGACAUCGUCCUGCGCUCCUCCGACCCCGCCUACCUGGCCGCUGUGGACUCCUGGCUCCAUGUCCUGCUACCCAAGAUCAAGCCACGCCUGUACCAGCAUGGGGGCAACAUCAUCAGCGUACAGGUGGAGAACGAAUACGGGAGCUACUACGCCUGUGACUACGAGUACCUGCGGCACUUGCUGGGCUCCUUCCGGGCACUGCUGGGGAACGAGGUGCUGCUCUUCACCACUGACGGCUCACAGGUGGAGGAGCUGCGCUGCGGCACACUGCAGGGGCUCUACGCCACUGUCGACUUUGGGCCAGACUCCAACGUGACAGAGGCAUUUGGUGCCCAGCGCCGGGUCGAGCCAAAGGGGCCCCUGGUGAACUCCGAGUACUACACGGGCUGGCUGGACUACUGGGGGGAGGCGCACGCCAGCACCAGCGCGGGGCGGGUGGCCCGGGGGCUCGAGGACAUGCUGCAGCUGGGAGCCAGCGUCAACAUGCAAGUAGUCACCUGGUGGGGGGCACAGCCGAGGGGUCCAUGCCCUCCCAUUUCCAGCUGGGGCUGGGUUCCAUGCCCUGAGCUUUGCCAGAGACAAUUCCUCCAGCUCCCAUCGCUUCCCUGCCCAGGUGCUGACUUCAAGGACCAGUACAAACCAGUGACCACCAGCUACGACUAUGAUGCCCCCCUCUCAGAGGCAGGAGACCCCACCGAGAAGCUGUUUGCCAUCCGCACGGUCAUCAGCAAGUUCCAGGCCCUGCCAGUCCGUCUGAUGCCACCCGCAACCCCAAAGUAUUAUGCCUAUGGCUGGGUGGCCCUGCGGAAGUAUGCUGACCUCCUGGAUGUCUUGGAUGUGCUCUGCCCCUUGGGGCCUAUCCAGAGCCAGUUCCCCCUCACCUUUGAGGCCAUAAAGCAGGCCCAUGGCUUUGUGCUGUACCGCACACGGCUGCCCCGGGAUGUCCUGGACCCGGCCACGCUGGGUGCUCCUCCCCAUGGUGUCUGUGACCGCGGCUACGUGAUGCUGCAGCAGGAGUACCAGGGGACACUGGAGCGGGAUGGGCAGACAACGCUGCGUGUGACGGGCAGGGCAGGGGACACCCUGGAUGUGCUCCUGGAGAACAUGGGCAGGAUCAGCUUCGGGGCCAACAUCAGUGACUUCAAGGGCUUGCUUGGGAACCUCUCCUUGGACUCCAGCCCUCUCAGCAACUGGCUGAUCUACCCCCUGGCCAUAGACACUGCCAUCCAGCAGGGCUGGCCGCAUGCUGCCCUGCCAAAAUCAAGCAGAGGGAGCAGAGCAGGGCCGGCCUUCUACACUGGGACUUUUGAAACCCCUGGCAUCACCUGGGACACCUUUGUGAAGUUCCCAGGUUGGAGCAAGGGCCAGCUGUGGAUAAAUGGCUUUAACCUGGGCCGGUACUGGCCCCGCCGUGGGCCCCAGCAGACCCUCUUUGUGCCUGGCUCGGUGCUGCAUGCUGGCCGCCCCAACAACAUCACGGUGCUGGAGCUGGAAGGGGCACCCCUCAACCCGUUCCUGCUCUUUCUUGACCGACCCCUUUUCAACAGGACCCUCAGCCGCAGCACCACCGCCACAAAAUAA